UCAACUUUGACAGCUAAUCGUUGACAUAUGACAAGUUUUCUGAACCCAACACGAAUUUCCUUUGCAACCAAGCCCAAUCGCAGUCAACUAGAAAAUUACUUUUAUUUGAAUUUAUGUGAUUAAAUGGUGACUCGCGCGAAUUAUUAUUUUUUAAAUAUGUUCAAGGCAGUGAAAGUCAAUGAUUGUACUGUUCUGUAAAUAAAGUUUGUUUUGCGAAGCGGUAAAAUUGAUUUGUGAUUAUUUGCCGCAUCCAUCGAACUACAGAAUGUCUUACUACGAUUAUUACGAUGGCAGUAAAUUAUUCCUUUUUGUAUCACAUCGAGUUGGUCUUCCGAUAGAUUUGGUUAAUUUUUUGAUCGCACAAAUAGCUGCACUAUGCCUGGCCCGUCUAUUUCGGAAACCGUUGAGAUUCGCUUCAUCAGAAUUUCGUCAUUCUGUGUGCCUUAUUAUAGGUUUGAUAAUGGGAUAUUUCUGCUUUGGAAAACAAGCAGUGCACUUAUCAGUACUGCCGAUGCUAACUUACACGUUACUCAAGACAGUACCGAAUCAUCUUACAGGAAACGUUAUAUUAGCUGCAUCUAUGAUAUACUUGUCAUGCCUACAUAUGCAUCGACAGAUAUACCAUACUGCGGACUACACACUUGAUAUAACAGGGCCUCUUAUGGUGAUAACGCAGAGGGUGACAUCAUUGGCCUAUUCUUUACAAGACACUUUAUCGAAGAAAGGCGCCGAUUUAAAUAUGGCGAGCUUUUCCGACUCAAGCAAGCUGUCGCACAUAGAGAAGAUACCGUCCCCACUCGAGUACUUCGCGUAUACUCUGGCAUUCCAGACGCUGAUGUGUGGGCCUGUCGUCUUCUAUGCGGACUACAUCAACUUCAUCGAAGGGGCACGCGUCGAUGGGGAUGAGAAACGCAUGAACGGAGCGGCGGAACCAUCUCCGCGUCUCGCAGUCAUGUACAAAGUGGCGGGGUCGCUCAGCGCCGCUAUGCUGUACCUCACUCUUGCCAAGAAAUAUCCACUCGCGGUACUUGCAGAACUAACUGACCCUGCAUCGGAGGUGUCUCGCUCGUGGUCUGCCGUGUAUCUGCUGUGGUACGCAUACCUGUCUACCCUGGUGGUGCGGUGCAAGUACUACCACGCGUGGUUGUUGUCGGAGGCUAUCUGCAACAACUCCGGCAUGGGGUUCAACGGAUACGACACCAACGGGAAGCCCAAGUGGGACAAAAUGUCCAACAUCGACGUUUUUGGAUUUGAGUUCGCGCAGAACUUCCGCACGGCGGUGGCGUGUUGGAACAAGAACACGAACGCCUGGCUGCGGUACGUGGCGUACGAGCGCGGGAGCAAGGCGUGGCGCACGGCUCGCGUGUACGCGCUGUCCGCCGUGUGGCACGGCUUCUACCCCGGAUACUACCUCACAUUCUUCGCUGGAGGCAUCUUCACAGUCGCUGCUAGGAAAAUACGAGGAGUGGCCCGACCGAUGUUCCUGGGCAGCCGGUCAAAGAAACUGUUCUACGACUUCCUGAGCGUGGUGACGACCCGGGUUGCGAUGACCUACGCCACCGUGCCCUUCGUUGUCUUGCAUCUGGCGCCCAGCCUCGCCUUUUACGGAAAAUUAUACUACUCGCUGCACUUUAUUGCUCUGGGCGCCAUGCUGUUGCCUGACAAGUCUACACACUCUUCCACCAGCUCUUCCGUCAGCUCCGAGCUUCCAUCCAAGUCUUCCAAACUGAGCGUACAAACCAAUGGAGAUAUUAAAGUUUCCUAAACAGUGGCGCCGAUUCUGGCAUACACAUAGUUCGACUGUUCUAAAACUAGCUCUAUCUCUUUCUUGCUCUUCUCUACAGUAAAGGACAGCACUAUUUUUAAAAUUGUCCAACAAUUGUUUGCCAGAAUCAGCACUAUUACUAAAUUAACAUAUUUUUACAUUUUCGAUGUUUCGUUGGCGCCAUAGUCGCAAAUUAUUUUAUUAGUAUUUACUAAUUAUAAUCUUAAUUGCACAAACUAAUUGCAUUUAAUAUAUUUUGCUACAUACUUCUAAUUACAAUUUAUCAGAAGAAAUUCACUUAUCUAAGAUUAUAUUAUAAUAUAACGAAGUUACAAAUGUUCUUUUUAUAAAUUAGUUUUAAUAAGAUAUAUUUGUUCUUAUAUAAUGAGGGACAUUCCAGGCUACAUUCCUCAAAAGCAAUAUAGGCGGCAUUGUAAAGAUUUUCCUUCGUCUAACUUUAAUUUCAUGAAUAACAGACAUAAAAUAUGCAUCUUUUAUCUUUAUUUUUGGGUAUAAAUGAUGACCCUCUUUAUCACACCCAGGCACAAUUUCAUCUUCCGCCUUCCAAUUUCAUCAAAAUAAAGAGAAGCAAUACACACAUACAUACAUAAACUCACGCCUAUUUCCCACCGGGGUAAGCAGAGACCAUAGAAUUCUAUUUCUAAAAAAAAGAAGGUAGGUAGGUAUCAACAUAUAUUUUUACCAAAUCACGUUAAAUCUCGACAGUGUCAUCUAUAUUUAUUUUUGGGGAACAUAGCCUGGUCCCUCAUUUUAUCACAUCGAAUGGAUGGUAUAUGGUUAUUGUUGAGAAAUGAGCUUAUAAAAGAAUGAGAAUAGGUAGGUAUAUCAAAUAGGGAUCAAGUAUUGCUGGUCUGUGUCUUCCCAAAUUUAUGUUUAUUUCAGUGCUUGUAGGCAGGCAUAUUUUUAGUUUGUAUUAUUUAACUUUAUAUCAACAAACCACCUAACAAAGUGAGUCCACUUUGCUAAUUUAUUAUAGAGACAUAUAUUUAUUUGUUUAUUGUAGUGCCAUUAUUGCAAGUUUAUCCAGGUAUAAAUUCGUCACAGGAUAAAUAAAUAUGCAAAUUAUUAGUUAAUAGAUUUAUUUAUUGUAUCUCAAUCAUUUUGAUUGAAAGAAGUGUUUCUUAACACAAAUACAUUUAUGUAUAACAACAUAUCUCUUAUAUUGCAGUUAUCACUACAUGUUUACAAUUAUUUUUUUAAUAUUGUUGAGAAUCUGACAACUUUGGCAACUAUUAUUGUUAGAAUUAUUAUUAUGAUGGCUAAGUCCAUAUUAGGGUGUAAGAUUUUGUUCAUUCAAAUUUUGUGACUAAACAUUAUUUAUGUUAGAAAAAACAAUGUUGGUUCACUUCUGAAUGAGGAAGUCAAGGACAGACAAAAAUAUCAGGAUUAUGAUAUUUGCUUAAACACAUCACUAAAUUUAGUGGAAUGUAUUUAAAUACACAUAAUCCAAUAUAGAAAUGCAUGUAAAACCACAUGCAAGCUAGAUGUGACACUACAUCUUCUAGUUUCUCAUUUCAAAAGUCCGUCUAAUUUGUAGGUACAUCUGGGAACUGAGAUUGAUAAGUUUUAUGAUGUAUGUUGUGUGGCAAUUGCCAGUGUAAUACCUCACUAUGGAAUUGUAUUCUGUUAAUAUAAUAGUUUUAUAUCUAAAGUAUUUAAAUGGUUACAAAUAAAAAUAUUUCUAUAUUUUA